AUGCUAUUAAAGGUCGACUUCCCCUACACUAAUAAUGUGGCCGAAUGCGAGGCAUGGAUCAUCGGCCUACAAGCGGCGAUCGACUUCAAGGUGAAGGAACUGGAAGUGUUCGGCGAUUCUAUACUUACAAUUUUCCAGAUGUUGGGGCAAUGGAAGACGAAUGACGCAAAGCUAGUGCUAUAUCAUGAGUAUCUCGAGGAGUUAGCGGAGAACUUCGAGAAAAUCUCAUUCACAAACACACCGCGCAUCAAGAAUCAAUUUGAAGAUGCACUUGUGACGCUCGCAUCCAUGGUGAGCAUCACAAAAGAAAACCUCAUCGAGCCUGUCAAAAUCGAGAUUGCCAAAGGCCCUGCUCACUGUGAUGCAAUUGAGGUGAACGAUGAACAACCAUGGUACGAAGACAUCAAACAUUUUCUGCGAACUAGCCAAUACCCAACAUUCGCCAACCGAUGCGACAGAAAAAUACUUUGGCGACUCGCAGCACAUUACUUCUUGAGUGGAGAGGUUCUUUAUCGUCGUUCUUUCGAUGCCCCACUACUCCGGUGUGCCGAUGAAAUCGAGGCACAACGCCUUAUGGGAGAGAUACAUGAGGGGAGUUGCGGACCCCACAUGUGCAAGCUCAUGCUCGCCAAGAAACUUAUGCGUUUGGGUUACUUCUGCUCCACCAUGGAGGCCGACUGGGCUAAACAUGUCAGACACUGCCACUUGUGCCAGGUCUACGCCGACCAGAUUAAAGCACCCCCAAUGAGCUACACCCGAUGGCGGCCCCAUGGCCCUUUUCAAUGUGGGGCAUAG